GGCUGUGCUGCCGGCUUCACGGUCUGUCUUUCUUGUUCGGGGCGGGAUGAUGGCGGGUGUGCUCUGGCUGUGAGGAUGAGUUCAUGUUUUGUGCCUAACGGGGCCAGUCUGGAGGAUUGCCACUCCAACCUCUUCUGUCUGGCUGAUCUGACCGGAAUCAAAUGGAGACGAUACCAAUGGAAUGGCCCGACAUCUGCCCCAAUCCUCUUUCCAGUGACCGAAGAGGACCCGAUUUUGAGCAGCUUCAGUCGAUGCCUAAAGGCAGAUGUGCUGAGUGUCUGGAGACGUGAUCAGCGUCCAGGACGCAGAGAGUUGUGGAUAUUUUGGUGGGGAGAGGACCCAAACUUUGCUGAUCUAAUACAUCAUGACUUAGCAGAGGCGGAAGAUGGCAUUUGGGAUAAUGGACUGUCGUAUGAAUGUCGAACUCUACUCUUCAAGGCUAUCCACAACCUGUUGGAAAGGUGUUUAAUGAACCGUAACUUUGUGCGUAUUGGGAAGUGGUUUGUGAAGCCCUAUGAGAAAGAUGAGAAACCAGUCAACAAAAGCGAGCAUUUAUCAUGCUCUUUCACCUUCUUCCUUCAUGGCGAAAGCAAUGUUUGCACAAGUGUGGAAAUUAACCAGCACCAACCAGUGUACCUUCUUAGCGAGGAGCACCUCACUCUGGCCCAGCAGUCUAACAGCCCAUUUCAAGUUAUCCUAAGCCCAUUUGGAUUGAAUGGAACCCUCACUGGACAGUCCUUCAAGAUGUCAGAUUCCUCUACAAAGAAACUGAUUGGUGAAUGGAAGCAGUUUUAUCCCAUAUCAUCCACUGUUAAGGAAAGCUCAGAAGAAAAGACAGAAGACAUGGAUUGGGAAGAUGACUCAUUGGCAGCUGUAGAAGUGCUAGUUGCUGGUGUCCGAAUGGUGUAUCCUGCCUGCUUUGUUCUGGUUCCUCAAUCAGACAUCCCUACUACCAGCCCAGUUGGGUCCACUCACUGUUCAAACACCUGUGUAGGUGUUCAAGUGCCUGCUUCUUCCCGAGAUCCGGCAAUGUCCUCGGUAACACUGACUCCACCGACAUCCCCAGAAGAAGUUCAAACAGUUGAUGCCCAAUCUGCACAGAAAUGGGUGAAGUUUCAAUCUGUGUCGGACAGUUUUAAUUCUGACAGUACUAGUCAACAUGGUGGAAAAAUACCAAGGAAACUGGCAAACCAAGUGGUAGAUAGAGUAUGGCAAGAAUGCAAUAUGAACAGAUCUCAGAACAAAAGGAAAUAUUCAGCCACUUCGAAUGGUGUAUGCGAGGAAGAGGUAUCUGAGAAGUCCACAUCCUGGGAUUUUGUUGAAUCUACACAGAGAACAACUUGCCUCUGUUCAAGGUAUAAAAAUCUUAAGCAGCGGAAUUCAGGUCAACCAGGGCAAGUGGUGCCUGCUGGACCUCAGCAGCAGGCAGCCCAAAAGCACAAGACUAAUGAGAAGCAGGAAAAGGGUGACAAGCCCCAGAAGCGCCCCUUAACGCCUUUCCAUCACCGUGCAUCACUUAGUGAUGAUGUGAAUAUGGAGACAGACACUGCCAGUCAGAGACUUGGGAUUCGAUCCCAAGAUGGUAGAGGCCGCUUUACAAAUAUUCGGUCCAAUGAUGUAGCAAAAAAUGCCCAGCUGCAUGGCAAUGAACUGGCCAACUCUCCUCCACCUCCUCCUCUCAGCCCUCAUCCUUGUGAAGUAUUGGAUGAAGUAGGUGACACUAUGAAAAACCCAUCAACUCCUCAAAGUCAGCAAUUUUAUCAAAUGCCAACACCAGAUCCACUAAUUCCAGCAAAGCCAAUAGAUGAGAGGAUGGAUGGCUUAUCCCAAACAUUUGCUUCUUCAUUCUCAGAAAUGUUGGAGCCAACCAUGUAUGUUGGCACUGCAGUUCAUUUAGAAGAGGAUGAAACUGACAAUACCUGGAAGUAUUACAAAGUCCCAAAGAAGAAAGAAACCGAAUUUCUCCCUCCUCAGCUUCCAAAUGAUCAAUUAAAAGAUGAUACAUUUGGGGUGCCUGGGAAAGAGCACAUAACUUCUGUCACAGAGUUAAUGGUGCAAUGUAAUAUGCCUUUGAAGAUAUCAGAAGAAUUAUUCCAACAGUAUCAAAGCAAAAACCAGUUCAUUACAACAAGUGGAUCAGAUACUGAUCAGGAACCUGAUCCAUACGCGUUUGUAGAUGGUGAUGUGGAAUUUGUUUUCUCUGACAAAAAAGAUAGACCAAGCACUGAAAGGGAAAACACAAAGAAAGCAAAGGGAGAAGAUGGAAUUUCAAAUGUUGCAGUCCUAACUCAAGAAGGCGAAGAUCCCAUGUCACUCUUCACACCAUCAGUUAAACAGGAUGCACAGAGAUCAGCCACUCAACCCCGUACUGCGUCAACCAGCCUCUUUCAUGAAACAGAUUUAGUGGUUUCAUAUACAGAUCUGGAUAACCUCUUCAAUUCUGAUGAAGAUGAACUUACACCUGGAUCUAAAAGAAUACUCCACAGUGAUGACAAAUCCAACAACAAAGAGUCCAAAUCUGGAAACCUAGACCCUUUAUCUUGCAUAAGUACAGCAGACCUUCAUAAAAUGUAUCCAACACCACCAUCCCUGGAGCAACAUUUUAUGGGGUUCUCACCCAUGAACAUUAAUAAUAAAGAUUAUGGCAACAUGGACACUACACCUGGAGGAACAAUGCUAGAUGGAGGUGGCUUUUGUCUAAGUUCUCAGUUUAGAAUUGAAGUCGAAGAAGGGUUCUGCAGCCCAAAACCUUCUGAAAUAAAGGAUUUCUCCUAUGUAUACAAACCAGAAACCUGUCAAGUGUUAGUGGGAUGCUCCAUGUUUGCUCCUUUAAGAACUCUUCCCAGUCAGUGUUUGCCACCGAUCAAGGUACCAGAUGAGUGCAUUUACCGUCCAAGCUGGACCGUUGGAAAACUGGAGUUGCUUCCUCCUGUACCUACAAUCCCCUUUAUCAAAGAUGGGAAUAUUUCCAGUGUUGGUAGUGCAAUGGAUCAAGACUAUGUUCAGACAUACACGCCACAGACCCACACGCCUUUUGGAAUGUCUAAUAGCGCUCCUCCUAGUAAUAGUGGCACAGGUAUUCUCCCUUCACCUGCCACCCCUCGAUUUUCUGCUCCCACUCCACGAACUCCACGAACACCUCGAACACCACGAGGUCCAGCCAGUGUUCAAGGUUCUGUGAAAUAUGAAAACUCUGAUUUGUAUUCCCCUGCCUCCACACCGUCAACUUGCAGGCCUCUGAACUCUGUUGAGCCAGCGACUGUUCCAUCUAUUCCAGAAGCCCACAGCUUGUAUGUCAACCUUAUUCUCUCAGAAUCUGUGAUGAAUCUUUUCAAGGAUUGUAAUUUUGACAGCUGCUGCAUUUGUGUUUGCAACAUGAACAUAAAAGGAGCCGAUGUUGGAGUCUAUAUUCCUGACCCAAUGCAAGAGGUCCAAUAUCUAUGCACUUGUGGUUUUAGUGCAGUGAUGAACCGUAAGUUUGGCAAUUAUUCAGGCCUAUUUUUAGAGGAUGAAUUGGAUAUCAUUGGUCGACACACAGAUUGUGGUAAGGAGGUAGAAAAGAGAUUUGAAGCUCUUAGAGCACAUGGAGCCGAUCAUCCCUUAAAGGAACCAGAUAAAAUGCCUGAUGAGUUAAUACUACUUCUUCAUGAUCAGUGCACUAAUUUAUUCUCUCCGUUUGGAGCUGCGGAUCAGGAACCUGUAAUCAAAACAAAUAUAGUGAGUUAUUCAGCACGAGUUGAAGAACAAGACUGUUGCAAUGAUUGCUACUUGGCUUUGGAACAUGGUCGACAGUUCAUGGACAACAUGUCUGGAGGCAAAGUUGAUGAAGCCCUUGUGAAAAGUACUUGCUUACAUCGCUGGUCUAAAAGAAAUGCUGUAGAUGCCAGUAUGCAGUGUUCCCAGGACAUACUACGCAUGCUUCUUUCAUUACAACCUGUUUUGCAAGAUGCUGUCCAGAAAAAACGGACAGUCCGAUCUUGGGGUGUUCAAGGACCUUUAACGUGGCAACAGUUUCACAAAAUGGCUGGCCGUGGGUCUUAUGGAACGGAUGAGUCCCCUGAACCACUGCCAAUUCCUACAUUUCUGGUGGGGUAUGACUAUGACUUUCUGGUGCUUUCGCCUUUUGCCUUGCCUUACUGGGAAAGAUUAAUGCUGGAACCUUAUGGGUCUCAACGAGACAUCGCUUAUGUCGUGGUUUGCCCAGAGAAUGAGGCUUUAUUAAAUGGAGCCAAAAGUUUCUUUCGUGAUCUUACAGCAAUGUAUGAGUCUUGUAGACUUGGGCAGCAUAGACCUAUCUCGAAACAACUGACCGAUGGAAUCAUGCGGGUUGGGUCUGCGGCAUCAAAGAAACUUUCAGAAAAGUCUGUUGCAGAUUGGUUUUCUCAGGCAAACAAUGGCAGCAAUGAAGCAUUUUCCAAACUCCGUUUAUAUGCACAAGUUUGCAGAUAUGAGCUAGGUCCAUAUCUUGCUUCUCAGCCCCUUGACAGUUCCCUACUUUGCCAGCCUAAUCUUGCUCCUACUGCAAAUCAAGCUGCUUCAUCCCAGCCAGUUGCAGCAAACUCUGGCAACCCAAGCACUCCUUCUUCUACAACAUCUUCUACAACAAAUGGCUCCUCUUCAUCAACUCCAAACAGCACUCUGCCUUCUGCAGCAGUCACCAACUCUUCAGCCCCAACAAAUGUGACCGGUGGCCUAGCUGCCAAUAAAGCUGCAAACUUUCCUCCAUAUGGAAGCCUUAACAGCACCACAAAUUCCAUUCCAGCACAGGUUAAUACUGUACAGAGCAACCAAGGAGGGCAGCAGCAGCCUCCUUUGCAGCAAGGCAGUGUAAUGUCUAAUGAACAAUCUGUGGCUGCUGCAGCAGCAACAGAAGUUACUGAAAGCACCAUGGAUCGUGACAAGGUUGGAGUCCCUACGGAUGGAGAGUCUCAUGCCAUCACUUAUCCACCUGCCAUUGUGGUUUAUAUUGUCGAUCCUUUUACUUAUGAAAGUAAAGAUGAGGGGUCAACCUCAUCAAACGUCUGGACAUUAGGACUUCUCCGAUGUUUUUUGGAAAUGUUGCAUAUACUCCCACCGCACCUCAGAAACACAGUUUCAGUGCAGAUUGUCCCUUGUCAGUAUCUUUUGCAACCAGUGAAACAUGAGGAUCGGCAAAUCUACACCCAGCAUUUGAAGUCUUUGGCAUUCUCAGUGUUUACACAAUGCCGGAGACCGCUUCCAACAUCAACAAAUGUGAAGACGUUGACUGGGUUUGGCCCUGGACUAGCUAUUGAAAACUCUCUUAAGAGUUCAGAUAGACCAGAAUGCAUAAAACUGUACACGCCACCAUUUAUUUUGGCUCCUGUGAAAGAUAAACAAACAGAACUUGGUGAAACUUUUGGUGAAGCCGGUCAGAAAUACAAUAUUCUGUUCGUCAGUUACUGUUUGUCGCAUGAUCAAAGGUGGCUCCUAGCAUCUUGCACAGACCUUUAUGGAGAACUGUUAGAAACAUGCAUCAUCAAUAUCGAUGUUCCAAACAGAGCUCGUAGGAAAAAAGGGUCUGCUCGGCGUAGUGGGCUGCAAAAAUUGUGGGAAUGGUGCCAAGGGCUUGUGCAAAUGAGUUCAUUGCCGUGGAGAGUUGUUAUUGGUCGUUUAGGAAGAAUAGGCCAUGGAGAGCUGAAAGAUUGGAGCCGCUUGCUAAGUCGCCGGAAUCUUCAGUCUCUCAGCAAGAGGUUGAAAGAUACAUGUCGGAUGUGUGGCAUUUCAGCAGCAGAUUCUCCUAGCAUACUUAGCGCUUGUUUGGUAGCAAUGGAGCCUCAAGGUUCAUUCGUGAUUAUGCCAGAUUCUGUAUCUACAGGUUCAGUGUUUGGUCGAAGCACUACGCUAACCAUACAGACUUCUCAACUUAAUACUCCGCAGGACACAUCAUGCACUCAUAUCCUGGUUUUCCCUACAUCUGCAUCAGUACAAGUUGCUUCUGCCACUGCUGAAAACUUAGACUUGGCAUUCAAUCCAAACAAUGAUGGAGGAGACAUUGGAAUUUUUGAUCUACUGGACACUCCUGAUGACCUGGACCCAGAAUUAAUUAACAUUAUUCCUGCAUCGCCAACUGGAUCACCUGGCCAUUCACCAGGUUCUCAUUACCCUCAUGGAGGUGAUGCUGGCAAGGGUCAAGGUACAGAUCGGCUGCUGUCCACGGAAUCACAUGACGAAGUAACAAAUAUUUUGCAGCAACCUUUAGCACUUGGUUACUUUGUUUCAACUGCAAAAGCUGGUCCUUUGCCUGACUGGUUUUGGUCAGCAUGCCCACAAGCACAAUAUCAGUGCCCACUGUUUCUUAAGGCCUCUUUGCACCUUCAUGUGCCUUCAGUGCAAUCAGAUGAACUGCUCCAUAGCAAACACUCCCACCCCCUGGAUUCAAAUCAGACUUCAGAUGUCCUCAGGUUUGUUUUGGAACAGUACAAUGCCCUCUCCUGGCUAACCUGUGAUCCUGCAACUCAAGACAGACGUUCAUGUCUGCCAGUUCACUUUGUGGUGCUGAACCAGCUAUAUAACUUUAUCAUGAAUAUGCUGUGAUAUACAUCGGAAAAGACACAAAGCAUACCGGCGAGAGGAUCAGAUUUCAUUGUGGGAACUUAGAAAUAAUCAAUUUUUAUCCAAGCCACUCUUCAGUGAUUUGAGCAGCAGCAAAUAUAUUUGGAAUACUGCUUGUAUACACAAGGAAUCCCGAAGCAUAUUUUGAAAGCCUCAAUGACGCUUUGCAAAUCAUCUCCAGUUUCAGUAUUUCUUAUAAGGAUCCUCUACCUGCUGACAUCAAGUGAAUCUAAAAAGCUCGGGGAUGACAUAAGGAACAAUAAUGAGGAGUUUCAUUACUAGACUUUAAAACAUCAUUAAGAUGUUGAGUGGAUUAUAAAAUCUAUUAUCAAUAUUCAGAAACAAAUGCCUGCAUCUCUUAUUUAUUGUAAGUUUUUAAAUGUAUAAAUUGUCUUAUAUUUCUUAGCCUCUUUUUAUAAAAAAAAAAUACAAAACUUUUUUCCUUGAAGGUUUAUAUUGCCUUCUUGCUUUAAAGCAAUUGGUCUAAAAUUCUAUGUACUCGUCUUAAUUAAAAGUUGCAGUAGGAUGCUUUUAGAGUAUUAUUUUUUUGUAAGGGGAGGGUGGGUGACACUGAAUUUGUAUUGUCUUGAUGUACAGUUAAAUAGGGGAGCGGGUUAAUGUCCAUACCAUUGUGUGUGGGGGAUUUACAGCCAAGCUGUAACUGCAGAGUACAUGUACAGUCAUGAUCUUCACUGUGUUUAUACAUUUGAAAAAGGUACCGGUCUUAAAGAAAUUUUUAUAAUCA